UCUCUCAUAAAUUUGGUUUUUAUUUUAAUUUGAGGGACGAGGGUGGGUGUAAUUAAUUAGGAAGGAGGACGUAUGACAGCCCCAAACAUGGCGGCGAUCACUGCAUCGCUUCAAAGAUCUCUAGAGAGCUUCUCUCUAAACACCACCACCACCACCACCACCACCAGCGGCGGCGAAGGAUUAGGCUUGUCUCGUUGCCACCACUCUUCCGACGCCACCUUGGAACUCAAUUCAAAUAUAACAUUACCCUAUCAUUGGGAGCAAUGCCUCGAUUUGAAGACAGGGGAGGUGUAUUACAUUAACUGGAGAACAGGGAUGAAAUCAAAAGAAGAUCCAAGGACUGUUGAUGAUGGUUUUAGCGGCUACUUUUACAGCGAGGAUGAUGAUGAUGAUGAAGAAGAAGAAGAAGAGUAUGAAAGUGAAGGAUCUUCGGUGGAGUCAUCUGCGGCAGCUUCAUCUUCAAGAAAAGAAGAAGAAGAAGAAGAAGAAGAAGAAGAAAAGCAGGUGGAUGAGAAUGAAGAGGAAGAGGAAGAGGAAGAGGAAGAGGAAGAUGAAGAUGAAGAUGAAGAUGAAGAUGAAAACAGGAAAGGAGGGCAUGUAUUAGUGGUGGCUGGAUGUAAAGGAUGUUUCAUGUACUUCAUGGUACCCAAACAGGUGGAGGAUUGCCCCAAAUGUUGUGGUCAACUUCUCCAUUUUGAUAAUGCUGCUUAAUUAGCUCCACUCAUGCUUAAUGAUAUCAUUCUCUCUUUCUUUCCUUCUUUUUGUCUUUGAUUCUUUUUCCUUGGGGAAAGGAAAAAAGGAAAAAGGAAAAAAGAAAAAAGAAAAAAGAAAAAGAUGAAUGAUGUGGGUGUUUUCUUAUGGAGGUUUUAAUGUGUGGAUUUUGAAAUGAGAUUAAUUUAUUUUAUGGUAAUUCUUUUUGUGUA